AUGGCGGAGCAUUUGGUAGUUAUUAAAUUGUGGACCAAUCAAUUUAGUGGCAAUAUUCCAACAAUCUUGUGUAAAUUUUCUUAUUUGAGUAUACUCGAUCUUGCUGAAAAUAAGCUUUCUGGAUCCAUACCUCACUGCCUACACAACAUCGCAGAUUCAACUUAUAUGAUAGGUGCGUCUGCUGACAUAGUGCACAUAUCUACUAAAGGAAAAAAAUUAGACUAUCGAGUUGAUAGUUUUCUAAGUUUUGAACGAGGCAUUGUUGAUCUUUCUGCUAAUAGCUUCUCUGGAGAAAUUCCUGAAGAACUGGUUAGUAUGACUAAAAUAUUAUCCUUGAACUUGUCUCGAAACUAUUUGACUGGAAAAAUUCCCAAAGAAAUUGGAGGCAUGAAAAACUUAGAAUCUCUUGAUCUCAGCUACAAUAAACUUCUCAGAGAAAUUCCUUCAACCAUCUCUAAUGUGUCAUUUCCUGCUUAUUUGAACCUCUCAUACAACAAUUUCAUUGGACAAAUUCCAUCGGGAACCCAAAUUCAAAGUUUUGAUUCUUGGUGUUUUCUUGGCAAUCCCAAACUUUGUGGAGAUCCUCUUCCAAAGAAGUGUAACAAAAAGGAAGAAACUCAUGGCUCAAAGGUAGCUGAAGAAGAUGAAAAUGACAGCUUUCUAAAGUCAUUGUAUCUUGGUAUGGGGGUUGGAUUUGCAGUGGGCUUUUGGGGAGUUUGUGGUUCUCUCUUCCUGGUUAGAGCAUGGAGGCACAAAUUUUUCCGAUGGAUUGGUCACUUGGCAGAUCAACUUUAUGUUGCCUUGGCCCUCUAUUUAAAAAGCUUUGGUUGA